AUGGGGAAAUUUGUCCAACAAGUUGUGCCAUUACCGGUUUACACUGAUGCACACCCAGUCAUCCAUAUCGUUGCUCCACCAGCUGCAUAUGCUAGGCACAUUCCGCACUUUGAAGAUCAACAUCACAUGUAUCAGACUGUCGACUCAACCGUUGUUGGCGACGAAGUAAGAUUUGAAGAUUUCAGAGAAGUAAAGGAGAACAUGCAACUCCUUGAGAAGAAGUUCCGAUAUUUAGAAGGAGACCACGUCUUUGGAUCUUCCGCCAAAGAAAUGUGCCUUGUAUCUGAGUUGGUGAUUCCGGCCAAAUUCAAAACUCCAGACUUUGACAAAUACAAGAGGCAUAGUUGUCCAAAGAGCCAUCUCAUCAUGUAUUACCUAAAAAUGGUUGCACACGUGGAAGACGACAAGCUGAUGAUCCACUGUUUUCAAGAUAGCUUGAGUGGGGAUCCUUCCAAGUGGUAUUUAAGUCUGGAUCAGAAUAGGAUCAGAUGUUUCCAAGACCUGUCAGACGCUUUCAUAAAACACUACAAAUACAACAUGGACAUGACACCUAACCGAAGACAGUUGCAAAGCAUGUUCCACAAUGACAAAGAGUCCUUCAAGGAAUAUGCUCAAAGAUGGAGGGAACUGGCUUCUCAAGUUGAACUACCUCUGGCCGAGAAGGAAUUGGCUGAAUUAUCCAUCGACACUGUCCAACCCCAAUUCUAUGAGAAGAUGGUUGGAAGUGCCUCCUUGGGAUUCUCCGAGCUUGUUGCUAUAGGGGCUCGUGUCGAAUAUGGUUUGAGAAAUGGAAAACUUGCGGCUGUAGUUGGAACUUCAAAUACUAAUCCAAAUAAGUUCUCUAGAGGGUUUCCCAGAAAGAAGGAAGGGGAAAUAAAUGUUGUGACUAUUGGCCAUGGAAGAUACCCUCCAAGAAGGAGACAACAACAAUAUUCACCACAUCAAUAUGCUUAUCCAGGGCUUCCAAUUUAUCGACCAACUCCAGUUCAACAACGUGUUGCGGUUCCUCCAUCUUAUCAACAAGCACCAGCAUCUCCUGUCUAUCAACAACCGAGAGCUCAAGCUCUAAGCCAAAAUUCUCAGAACCAUAAUAGGAGGCAAGGGGAUAGGAUGACCUUCAAUCCAAUCCCAAUGUCAUACACUGAGCUUUAUCCCUCCCUGUUACAAAAGGGGUUGGUGGUUCCCAGACCUAUGGGACCUCCACCUAAUCAUCUACCUCCAUGGUACAACCCUAAUGCACACUGUCCUUUUCAUGAAGGUGCCCCCGGGCACGACCUAGAGGGUUGCUAUGCUUUGAAGCAUAGGGUUCGUAAGCUGAUUGACAGCAAGAUCCUGUCUUUUAAGGAUAUGGGACCGAAUGUGAAAAACAAUCCGCUUCCUCCCUAUGGAGACCCUACGGUGAAUGCCAUUGAAUAUGCCUCUGUUGGUGUUAUGGUUGAAAAGGUGGACAAUGUUAAGACUCCUUUGGCAGUAUUCCACGCCCGAUUGGUGGAAGCUGGCCUAAUUGAUGUUCGUCAUAAUAACUGUGAAGAGUAUGUCGCACACCCAAAAGGAUGUCAGUUGGUAUGGGAUAAUAUUCAAGACUUGAUGAAUAAAGGAGUGCUUCAUAUCUCUAGCGUUACAAAGAAUGAAGAUGUGUUGGUAAUUGAACCUUGCUUCAAUUUUCCUGAACAAGUCGAAAUCCCAUACUACAGUAGUGGAAUGGUUCCUAUGAAUAGUCAUCAGUCGCCUGUUGAGAUAUGUAUGCCCACGCCUUUUCCAUAUGAGAGCACCAAGGCUACCGCUAUGGACAAGGUUGUUGAAGGAAGUGCAGACGUUGAAGCGACAGAAGUUGUGAGUGAGGACGUCACCAAUAUUGUCGGAAUGAGCAGAAUGACCUGUAAUGGUCGAAUCUAUAUGCAUGAAUUCAAUGUGACUCCUCAAGGGCCGACCAAGGAACCUACAGUUGCAGCUCCCACUAAAGAACCUGAAGUGGUCCAAUCUGAAGAUGUUGUUGAAUUCCUGAAGUUGAUCAAGAGAAGUGAUUACAAGGUUGUGGACCAGCUGCAUCAGACACCAUCUAAAAUUUCUAUUUUGUCUCUGCUAUUGAACUCCCAAUCCCAUAGGGAGGCUUUAUUAAGGGUGCUUGCCCAAGCUCAUGUAACACAAAGCAUAACAGUAGACCAGUUUGAUGCGGUGGUUGAAAACAUCACAACUUGCAAUACUUUAAGCUUCAGUGGAGAGGAAUUACCUGAAGAUGGACAAAAUCACAAUCGUGCUCUCCAUAUCUCCGUGAAAAUAAAUGAUAACCCUGUUGAAUCCAAUGACUCUCUUCCCUCUCAUAACUUUGACUCCCCUAUUUACCAAGUGGAAGAAGAGGGUGAGAAAGAUUGUUACAUCCCCGACGAGUUGGCAAGGCUGCUCGAGCACGAGUCUAAAGCCCUUCAGCCACAUGAAGAACCGGUGAAAACAAUAAACCUUGGAACAGAGGAAGAGAAGAAAGAAGUCAAAGUCGGGACCACACUUGAAGCAAGCGUCAAAGAGAGAUUAGUCAAGCUUCUACAAGAAUAUGUGGAUGUAUUCGCAUGGUCAUACAAGGAUAUGUUGGGCCUGGACACCGACAUUAUUGAGAACAAGCUACCGCUUCAGCCAGACUGCCCGCCAGUAAAACAGAAACUCCGAAGAACAAGACCAGAUAUGGCUCUGAAGAUUCGUGAAGAAGUCAAACGACAAUUUGACGUUGGUUUCCUCGCAGUGGAAAAGUACCCAUAA